AUCACAAUUAAGAGAAAAGGACUAAAGAACUUAAAUAAUGGGAUAAAACUCAAUACAACGCGCUAAUUUGAGUUCUAAUACAUCGUUGAACUAAAACUUACAACACAGACUAUCUACUCAACAAUGGAGAAAAAUGGAGGAAGAAAAUAGGAAUUACAUUCAUUUGAACACCUAAAAAAAGUUAUGGAUGGUUUACCACCUUGAUAUCUGCUUAAGUAGGUCCAAAGUUUCAUUACCAGCUGCAACAUAUUGGUUUCAAAGCACACUUUAAUAGCCAUGGUCCUCAAAAGAUUUUCUUGACUAUCAGAUACUCCGAGCCAACAGACUUGAAGAAGAUAUGUGGCAAAUCCAUUGUCCAAGUACCAAAAUCCCACUUGAAAGGGCACCUUCAUUUCAACAAGCUACUUAUCAGAAUCUACACCCUCACGUCGAAGCAUAUCUACCGCCACAUUCCCACCAUCUUCUCUACGGCUUAGGACCACCAAAUUAAUUCAACUAACGUUCACAUCUGAAUUCAUUUCUCCGGAAGACCAUCGGGGCACAUGGACAGUUCUCCUACCACCGGGCGUAUUCGGUUGUCUUGGAAUUGCUACCGCCGCUAGCGGUUCCUUUGCUCUUGUUUAGAGCUGAAUUGCGUCAAGUGAUCCAUUCAACUGAGACAUUGCUCUUGGCUUUCUUGCUUGUUUCAGGUUACAUCUCCUCUAUUUUCUUUUAUUUCUCCAUGGAGUUUGAGCCGCUCUUGUCUGUCAUAAUUACAUCUCUAAGGAUUUGGAAUCAUAUAUUUUGUGCACAUGAUGUGCCUAAUGAACAUAAACGAAAGCAAUUUCACAUUGAAGGAUAAGAAAAUUGCAGAUGAUUUUUUUUUUUUUUUUUGGUAAUUGAGACUUUUUUGGGGGGAAUAUUUUGUUGGGAAAAUCAAAAUAUAUAUAAUGUUAAUAAAAUGUUUAAGAUGGUCUUAGAUAGUAGAACAAUUGAACAAAUUCUCUUCUUGACAUGCUAGCUACCACAUUAGUAUUUAUGACAAAGAGGUUAUGUAACAUUAGUAUUGAUGACAAAGAGGCUUUGUGCUCUCAGCAGCGAAUUACUGAUGAGAUGCUUGAUGUAUUAAUUACUCACUCAUCAAAGCAGAUCUUGGACCUAACAAUUGGCUAUGGCUUGGUGCAAUAAUUGUAUCACCAUUUUUCAUGUUCCUCCUCCUACUAGUUAUUUUUGCUUGUUAUUAUAUAUACCCCAUUGAUCAUAACACUGAGGAAAUGUACCAUUUUUCGUAUCUUGUAUUAUGCAUGGGAUAUGCUAUUGGUAUGUGCCUGCGUUGUUAUUGCCUUCCUUUGGUGCAAGAAACAAAAUGGGGUGGAAGGGCAGCAAAUUCAGAAAUUUGAAGCGCCGGGCUCAGGUCUUGACAGUGCAGAUAGAAAGCUGGAAAGCCUUCCCCUUCAGUCUCUUCUCCAAGCUACCAAGGUGCAUUUUGAUGCAACAUCUGACCUCAAUUGGAUUCUAUCAGAUUGCGAAUCAUAAUUGCAUCACUCAUGAGGAGGAAGUUAUAAAUAAGGCAAGAAUUAAGACCUUCACGAUCUUGAAUUUUCAAAAUACAGCACCUUCCUCCUCUUCUGCAAUUUCUGGUUUGUGGGACGGCAAAUUCUACAGUUUCUUGCUUCUGAAUCAAGUGGUUAAGAGGCUCUUUAUGUCUGAACACAGAUUACAAAGGACAACGACAAGGACAAGGACAAGGAAUUUUUCUUUUUGUAUAUGUUUCUUUUUCCCGAGCAUUUAAUAUUACCUACCCCUCGGCCUUCCAAGAUUCUAAUG